AUUCCCAUGGCGACAGGAGGAGGAAGUAAACGAGAAAUCUAGCUUCAUCUCUCCAGGCGGCACAGACGGGGGACUCCGGAGGAGCUUUCCUGCGCCCCACGGCUUGCGGUGCGCGCCCUGCAGAUCUGGACUGCAGCCAUGGCUAUGCAGGAGCAUCUCCGCAUGAAGGAACAUCAUCGUAGUCCCAUCACAGCUCUUGGCUACCAUACAGCUCGACGCGAAUGCGUCACUGGCUUCAAAGAUGGCAUGAUCAAAUGGUGGGACAUGGAGAAUGGGCGGGUGUCCCUGCAAGCCAAGGAACAUGCCGGUUGGGUCACCCACUUUGUGUCCUGGACACAGGGACGGCUUUUCUUCUCUGCUUCCAAUGACAGCUCUGUGCUGGUGUGGUCCACAAGUGGCACCGUGCUAGAACGUCUCCUGAUAGGCCAUCCUGUCUUUACCAUGGCAAUCAACCUGACUCGGCACCUCCUUCUCUGUGGCAGCAAGGGACGCUUGAUGAUUUUCCCCUUGGAUGAAAGAAAAGAAUCUGGGCGCGUGAUCAACAUGGCUCAUGGCUUUUCUGACUACACUCACAAGGACAUUGUGUCGUGCAUCACCUGCCUAGACAACCAUAUAUAUACAGCAGGGUAUGACAGAAGGCUACUAAUCUUUGACACCUACCAAACUCCAGGCAGGAAAAAACUGACAGCCAAGCACUGCAUCCCACAUGCCCACAAUGCAGCCAUCACCCAUCUGCUGUUGGUGCGUCAGCAAGAAACCACAAGAUUGCUCUCAGGUUCUUUUGACCAGACAGUUGGCAUCUGGUCCCAGGAUGGGCAGCUGAUCCAGCGUCUCGGCCCCUUCAUUGGAAAUAUUACCGGACUUUGCUACGUGGCAUCAGUAGGCAUCGUCUGGAUCACCAGCGGCUCCUCCCAACCCACCCUUUAUGAGCCCCAGUCUGGGGAAAUAGUUUCACAGUUCAUAUCCACAUUCCAAGACAAUCAGAAGGAUGGCCCUGUGCUUCAGCAACUUUUCAGCCUGCCAGAUUCAAAACAUGUAAUUGGCACAGCCAAGCCACAGCACAUUCUGGUCUGGCGCUACAAUGAGUUGGGGUGCUUGACAAUUCUGCAUUGCAAAAAAACCCUUGAAUGUCUAGCCUAUGCUAAGAAGGAGCCUGUUCAGCUUUUCAGUGGGGACAGCAGUGGAACGGUGCAGAAAUGGGAAAAAAGCUAUAUAUCACCUUUCAUCUACAGCAAGGAGUCCUUCCACCUUAGCGAAGCCCAGUUGGAGCGACACGGCCCCUUGGCUCAACAGGUAAAGAGGGGCCUCAGGGAGGAGCAACGGCCUCGUCCCGGUUCCCCUCGGAAAUGGGGGAAGGCCUCUAGCAGUCACCAGACGGGCUGCAGCACAGUCCAGAGCACAGUCACAGACGUGCAGAAAGAAAGAAAGAACUUCAUGAGGGCCUUGUUUGCUGAACAGCUGGAUAUUCUGGUGGUGUCAGCAAGUGAUGGGAACAUUUAUCUCUGGGAGUUUGAGAACUUCACUCCAGAUGUUGACCCUCCUUCCCAGCAAUGCUUGCCUGUGCCAAAUGGAGGCUCUAAAGUGCUGACAUCAGCCUGCAUCGGAGACAAGAAGGCCCAGGACCUUUCAAGUGGUUGUGUGGAAGGUUUCACCUGUAGAACAGUGCUGUGCGGUCAUACAGGUAUGGUGACAGCACUCGCCUUGGCAGGAGAUGACACCGGCACCUCCUUGCACUACCUGCUCAGUGGGGGAUGGGAUGGAAGGCUGUGUCUUUGGGAUCUACAAAACCACUCCUUGCAAAAUGCAUUUUCCAGUCUGCCUGAUUGUUAUGGUCCCAUCUUGGAUAUGGCUUACUCCCCCAAAAGGAGGGAAUUUGCCUUCUCUUCUAGCACUGGUGGGGUUUUCAUCUGUGCUUUCAACCCUCUCUCGGCUGAUCUGGUACUCCUGGCUGAACUCUGUGGGCACAGAGCCACUGUGGUCGCCUUGGCCUGGCACCCACUUGAGGACAGGUGGGUUAGUGGUGCUGAAGAUGGCUCGAUUCGACUCUGGAGUGAAGAUGGUCAAUGCUGUGUCCAAGAUUUGAGAGCCCCCAGAGGGAUCACUUGCCUGUGCAUUGACAAGGUCAAUGGCUGCAUCAUUGCAGGGGUCUAUGACACAAUCAGUAUGUGUCAGUCUCGCUGGAUGGCACAGUUCGCAUGUGGAAGGCUUAUCAUCAAGGGAAGUAGUCCAAGGCCCAGGGCAGGUGGUGACUUCUUUCUCAUGCCAUAUGUGACCCAGAAUUUGGACUGCUUCCAUCCAAAUGAAGACGGAUUUCCAUCUAUUUGUGCACUUGCAGCCUGUGAAUGCUUAUGCCAGAUAAAACAUGUUAGUCUCUAAGUUACCACAAGAUUCUUGGUGGCUUUUGAAAAUGGGGUCCUUUUUAAUCCCAGUGGGUAGAACCUGAUUAACAGGUUUUGCUACAGCUAUUUCUACCUGUUGCACAAGAAAGCUUGAAAACACUUGAGCCAUGUCUACGAGAUGCUCAGAAAUCACAAACCGUCUGGUUGAGGCUUGCAGUGGUUAAGAAAAAAGCUUCUGGGCUGCGCUUUGUAUCCCUCCUUUUGUGCACUCUAGUCGCUGUGCCUCUCCUUCCUCUUUUUUUUUCCUGUGCCACUAUAGGCCAAGUGAAAUGUGAAAUAAAAUAAAAUCUGUCUCCUGUGAAUAUCCAUCAUUACAGUGAGAAUAAAC